UGCAAGGGUCACGUGCUUACCUUCUUCCUCGCGUGUGAAUUAGAUGAAAAAAUUGGAACCUCCAUAUAAGGGCACAAAACCCUGCAGAUGAAAGUCAAGAUCCUCGUAUAAUUUUCUUCUGAUUGAAAAUUGCAAAAAAUCUAAUCUGUCACAGAAAUCCUUAAGACUCAACCAUGGCUACCCAAUUGAGCCAGAAAAAGACAGCUUGUGUGAUCGGUGGCACUGGUUUUGUUGCUUCAUUGCUGGUGAAGUUGUUGCUUGAGAAGGGUUAUGCUGUGAAUACUACAGUCAGGGACCCAGGUAAUCAGAAGAAGACCUCUCAUCUCCUAGCACUGAAAAAAUUGGGGGAGCUAAACAUAUUUGGAGCUGAUUUGACCAAUGAAGAAAGUUUUGAUGCUGCCGUAGCAGGUUGUGACUUUGUCUUCCAUGUUGCAACCCCUGUGAAUUUUGCUUCUCAAGAUCCAGAGAAUGACAUGAUCAAGCCAGCAGUCCAAGGAGUUCAUAAUGUUUUGAAAGCUUGUGCGAAAGCGAAAACAGUGAAAAGGGUCAUCCUGACAUCCUCUGCUGCUGCUGUAACAAUAAAUAAGCUCAGUGGUACAGGUUUAGUCAUGGAUGAGAAAAACUGGACUGAUACCGAGUUCUUGACUUCUGAGAAGCCACCCACUUGGGGGUACCCUCUUUCCAAGACUUUAGCUGAGAAGGCAGCUUGGAAGUUUGCUCAAGAAAAUAACAUUGAUCUCAUUUCUGUUAUCCCUACACUCAUGACUGGUCCUUCUCUGACAUUGGAUAUUCCCAGCAGUGUAAACCUGGCCACAUCACUGAUCACAGGAAAUGAGUUCCUCAUAAAUGCUUUGAAAGGCAUGCAAAUGCUGUCAGGCUCAGUAUCAAUAACGCAUGUGGAGGAUGUCUGUCGCGCCCAUAUAUUUUUAGCUGAGAAAGAAUCAUCUUCUGGUCGAUAUAUAUGUUCCUGCGUGAAUACCAGUGUUCCUGAGCUUGCCAAAUUCCUCAAGGACAGAUAUCCUCAGUACGAAGUCCCAACUGAGUUUGGAGAUUUCCCUUCCAAGGCCAAGUUAAUCAUCUCAUCAGAGAAGCUAAUCAGUGAGGGGUUCAGUUUCAAGUAUGGGAUUGAAGAGAUCUAUGACCAAACUGUGGAGUAUCUGAAGGCCAAAGGGACGCUGAAUUGAAGUGUUUGUGUUUGUGUUCAUGUAUCAAUCCUCAGUGACAGGACAGCCAUUUUAACCUUUACAUACGUUGCUGUUGUACUAUAAAUGCUCUGUUGAAAAAAUAAUUUGCAAUUUCCUAUAUAUGUCUAGUUCAUUUGUAUUUUUGUUUUUUCUUGGUGAUUAAAUAUUAUUAAUGUAAUAGUUCAAAGUAUGUGUCUUUUUUGGUUUCUUGGAUGGUUCAUGAAUGGAUAUUAAUUUAGGUUUAUGUAAUUAGAACUUGAGGGGUUGCCUAAACUCCUAUAUAUAUUCCUUGUACUUGAAAAUUAAUAUGUGUGUAAUACAUAAUAGUGUUUUCUCUCC